AAAUAGAACUCGUUGAUGCAGAGCUCGGUUCCUGGUAACUCCUUUGCCGGAGUGACAUACUUCCUGAAGGUCUACACGGGGAAAGGGGUGGGGGGCGAGGAGAGCCCCUGGCCUGAAGAUCAGGAGAUCGGGAUUCUAUCUCUGAUUCGGCUGCUGAUUUGCUGUUGUGACAAUUUAGCUCCAGAAGUAUAUAAGAUAAACUUUAUUUUUCCAAAUGGAGACAAGUAUGAUGGUGAUUGUACAAGAACACCUUCUGGAAUCUUCGAGAGAAAUGGAAUAGGUAUUCAUACCACUCCAAAUGGGAUUGUCUACACAGGAAGCUGGAAAGAUGACAAGAUGAAUGGUUUUGGAAGACUGCAACAUUUUUCAGGAGCAGCUUAUGAAGGCCACUUUAAGGACAACAUGUUUCAUGGCUUGGGGACAUACACAUUCCCAAAUGGGGCAAAGUACACUGGAAAUUUCAAUGAAAACAGGGUGGAAGGCGAAGGACAGUAUACCGACACCCAAGGGCUGGAAUGGUGCGGCAGCUUUCAUUUCACGGCGGCCCCGGGCCUGAGACUGAAGCUCCACAUGUAGAUGUUCUGCAUUCAGGUGUCCAUGUGGUGACUGAAGCUUUUCGUUGUGAGGAAAACAGCUAUGUCAUCUGAAAUAGCCCCCUACACCACCUCUCUAUUAUAAGUUUGCCAAUAAAGCCAUCAUUCGCUUA